AUGACUGCAGGUAGUCAAUCUUAUGAAUUAAAGGAUUGGCUACGUGAUCUUUCAUGGGAGCACAUUAUUUCAUUACAAUAUGACAUUGCAGAUGAGCUAGCAAGGCGUGUACGAGAUAUGCAAAAUAAUCAACGUCGUAUGCCCUCAAAUACGUCCGAUACUGAAGAUAUUACAUGGUCUGAAAUUAGCGAGAAGCACCGCUCACCGAGUGGUAAAUUCUUCGUGAGUGCACGUAAUCAACAUAUACCCAGUGACGCGGAUUUAAAUUCUCAGCCAUUAAUACCUGGUACUUUAGAAUUGAAUGGCAAGCAGUUUUUGCUCACCAGCUCUCCGCUAAAGAAGGAUACAUUUGGUGAAAACUCCAAAGCAUCGAAUUAUAUGCAGUCUUCACCAGCUAUGAAUUCUCCAAAUGUUAAGAUCGAGUCCCCACAGAAGCCAUUAUUUAAAAGCUAUACUAAAAUCCCUCAGCUUAAACAGGAAUCUUUAAGGCCAAAAGUCGUCUCCGAUGUUGAGGGUGACGAAGAACAGAUCAGUGACUCAGAAGGAGAUUUGACUGGUCCAAUUAUUAAAGAUCCUCCCUCCUCUUUGCGACGACCGAAAAGAAUCAAAGUUGACUUUAAUAUCAACCCAAUAACAAAGAGACCCUGGAUUUACGAAGAUUUCAGCCCAAACCAUGAAGUUAUUAAUACACUAUCCAAGUCGAGAUUAAAGGACUAUAGGCGAACGAAAAUGAACGAAAUGGCUGGUAUUGAACAGGAAGAGACCAAGACGUUGGCUAAUCAUGACGCGAGCUUUAAUGAAUCAUUCCCACUUUACGAAAAUUUAAGACACCGCUCUAAAUCACCUCCAGGAUAUGGUAGAAUGGAUUUCCCCACUACUCAGGAGCUUCGCGAAGAAAAGGAGCUGGCACAGGAGAUGAUUUACCAGAGAACAAAGCACAGGUUCAAGAUGGCAGUUCAAACUGGGAUACCGCGAAGCGAGCGAGAAUACUACUUCAAGAAUGCACAAUUGAACGAAUGGGUUGACAACGGGGAAAUCACUUGGUCAAAGGAUAAGCUACAGGUUUACAGGAAAACACCGAUAAGAUAG